AUGCCACCAUUCCAAUAUCCUCCAUUACUGCCCUUGGAGCUGCGGCUUCUGGUCGUGCACCCCGGUUCGCCACAAGAUCCCCUCACUGGGACCCUCGUGCAGAGGAAACUGUCGCCCGAAGACGGUGAUAUCCCGGAUUACGAAGCGCUAUCAUAUUGCUGGGGCGACCAGUCUCAUCCUCAAUCCGUCAAACUCAAGACAAAAUGGCGAAAUCCCAAAGAACAGGCACAUCCAGCGUCAGAGCCGAACGGCUCCAGCUACUGGAAGUUUAUCCUUUCAGCUUUUGGUAUUCUUCACUCUGGGUAUCUUGAUAUUGGACCUAAUCUGGCCUCCGCUUUGCGUGCACUACGAUACCCCGACCGUAAACGGCUGUUAUGGUGCGACUCCAUCUGUAUCAAUCAAAAGGAUUAUGCCGAACGUGCUGCACAGGUCCAACGUAUGACAGAUGUAUAUAUGUUUGCCAGGAGCGUCAUUGUCUGGCUAGGCCCAGCAACACCAUGGGCCUCUAUGGCUAUGGAGACUGUGCGUCAGGUGGGAAACCGGCACUUUCCUCAGGAAGCAGAUACACCCUGGUUGUAUCAGAACAUGACUCCUCACCCUUCCGCCCUGACAACUGACGGAAGUGGGAUAAAGAUCACAUACGGAAAACCUAUUCCGUUUAGCCAGGACCAAUGGCAUUCAUUGGAGAAGCUUUUGGAUUUAGAUUGGCACCGACGGCUGUGGACGCAUCAAGAGAUCGUGUUUGCGAAUCAAGAAACGUCGAUUGUGAUGUUAGGUGAGGAGGAAUUACCAUGGAGCCAGUACAGAGAAGCAGUUGUAUUUGUCUGCACGUACACAUGGGCUCCAAUGAGGGUUUGGCUGCUUGAUCCAGCCAGAUUUACUAGAAAUAAGUUCGUGUUUGUUUUCAAAGUGGCGGCUAUUGACUACGUCGGCAAGCAAAAUACGAGCUGGAUAGAAGCAUUGGGUUUUACAAGACGUUACGACUGCUCCGAUGAUCGCGACAGGCUAUACGCACUUCGUGGACUACUCCAGCCUGAUAUUGCCCGAUGCAUUCGGGUCGAUUAUACAAAGUCUGCCAAGGAGAUUGCGGCUUCAGCUUGCAUCACUCACCUGAAGCAGAGCCGCAACCUGGACUUCCUCAAGAUUUGCAACUCGCCAACAUCUCCCACAUGGGCUGUGGAUCUGGAAAAGCCCGUGGGCGUCCUCGAAGCCUCCAGCAACGCGAGUGCAAGAUCGGCUGCUUCAGCGAGGCUGAUUAAGCCGGGCGUGCUAGAAGUAGCUGGCCUGCCUUGUGACGAGAUAAUUAGCAAACCAAUCGAUCUGCCAGUGAACGAGAAUUUCCCAGAAAUAAAACAGUACGUCGAGACUCUUCUUACGGCAUUUCGAGAUCUCACAGGCAAUGACGAGUUUCACCGAGACGACAAAUGCGUCGAUGAGUUGAUGACCGCGCUGGCUUUUGGAGGAAUGUUCUCGCAACCGCUUGCACAAGGACUCGCAACGGAACACUGGCUUGUGUACCUUUGGAAAGCCGCAGCGGAGACAUAA